UGGUAGCCUGGGUACCGAAGUCCCGCGCGGAGAGCUGCGUUACAGGUUUUCAGAAAAUUGCUUCUGCAAUGGGUGAUGGACAAAUGCUACCCAGACAUACCAACAGCACCAACUUGGGCUCCUGCUCUGCCAUCUUCUCAGGAUGGGUCGACAACUAGCAAGUCUGAAAAAGAAUCUGAUAGAGAAUCCUGAACAAUGAAGCCAAAAAUGAAACCUAAAUCAACCAGCAAAAUAUCCCCAGCAAAUCUGAACAACUCAGCAGGCAAAAUCCCAGCAAAAUCUCCCAAGCUGAGAAAAUCCCAAAGGAAGGCUGAAAAAGUUUGCCAGGUAUACUCUAUGAAGCUACGCUCCCGCAUCAUCAAAGGAAAUGUCUGUUACUUUAGGAAAAAAAACACCAAAAGGCAUCCAUCAAAAACAGGCGGCAAGGACAAGGAGCAACUUCCAGUACUCACUGCCUGUCAGCAGCAGCCACUCCUUGAAAAGCCUUUUGUCGAGCACGCCCUCACCAUUAAUAUACCUGAGACCCAGUUACAAAACAGAACACUUCAAGUUCCAACUAUUGCAGAAACUUCACCUAUAACAGAACAUUAUGCUUCCCUGAGUACAUACAAUGAUCGGUUCAUCACUUUUGCUUUUGAGGGUGAACAUGGUGAGAUCUAUGUUGAAGACUUAGGAGAAAACCAAGAAAAAGACAAGGUGUUAUUACGUUACUAUGAUUCUCAAAUUCCGUCAAAUGAAUCAGGUGAUGAUGUUGAUGGCAAAAAGUGGAUGGUAAAUCUGAGUCCUACAAAAAACACAAAACUCUGGCUGCAUGCAAACAAGGAGGAGAGCUCUGUGGAGCUCCUUAGAUGUGAAAACCUGAUGCCAGACCAGGCCUUCUUUCUCCUCCAGUGGGAGUCUUCUGAACAUGUUUCAUUUGAAUGUAAAAGUAAUCCUGGAGUGUUUAUAGGAGUAAAGAAUAAUCAGCUUCAGUUAAUUCAAGUAGAAGGUCACCCUGAGGAUUCAAGUAAAGAGAAUAUCAUGUUUAAAAUCUUUCAAACAUAAGAUGAUGGAAAGCUGUAGAUCCAGCUGAAACAGCUACCACUGAAGAGGGAUGAGAGACAAAGGAAGAGAUGGACAAUAUCUACAGGAAAUGUAGAGUAUAUGCUAUGGAAUGUUUUCCUUAUUAUGUGUGAAAAUUUUUUUAAUCUUUCAGUUUUUUUUUUUAAAUUUCCCUCUGGAUCACUCUAUGUUCACUACAAGUAUAAGCAUAUUAAACAGGGUAUUGGUAAAAAAUUUGCAAACAUUCUAAAAGGAUACAGUUUAAAAAUAUAUGGAUUUUCACACUUUCAGUCCACAUUUAGAGAAGAGACCUCUGGGGUGGAGCAAAGGCAAUAGCCCAAGUCUCUCUUUUAACAGCUCAUUUUAAAGAACUACACAGAACCAUAGUUUUCCUAGAUUCCGAACACUAGGUUUGAACACCAGAGCCGCUAAAAUAAAAAGACUAGAUGCUAUAUAGAUUGACCAUUUCUUAGCUGUAAUAAAACACCAAGUUUGUUUUUAGAUGCCCUAGGCGACAUUUUAGAUGCCCUAAAGCUCUUUCAAACUAUCAGAGGUUGUAGAACUUCAAAUACCUACAUGGGCAGACCAGUAACAUAAAUGUGUAUAAAGGCAAGGAUAAUUAAAAAAAUUAAGAAAAAUAAAUCCAUAUUUGUAAAGUUAAUAAUUUCAUCCCUAAUUGUUCCAUUUCUUUAAUUCUGAUUUUUUAUAUACUGAGUUUACUUUAAGCAAGGCAUUCUUACAUUAGAAUGUGAAAUAAAUUUUAAUCCAAUCAUAAAAUUGGAAUCACUGUGAAUAUCUAAUAAACUAAAAUUUUUUAAAAAAGUACUGAAUCACAACAUAUACUUGGGCAGUGAUUCUCAAGCUAGGAUCCAAGUACCACUUGUGUCCUCACAAGUUCUUUAACCCACUAGAGCACAGGUGAGACACAAUUAAUAUAACUUCAAUAAUGGACUGUCCAUCAUGUUUGUAGAAUACCAUGCCCUUCUCAUCCCAGCUUCCAGAGAUUUAUGACUUUUGAGGCACCCCUUGUCACCUUAGACAAAAUAUCUUCUAAUCCUUGCUUCCCAUGUAUACAAGUCUUUCUGCUGUACAGUUUCCCAAGACCCUGCUUACCAUGGAAUAGCAUUUGAUUUCUGUCCCUUCUCCAUUUGUUUUAGCCAAUUGUAUCUGUGUUAUAUCUUUUGCACCCACUGGGCUUUAUUUCCUUAUCACCUGAUUUCUGGGUGCCAACACCUUUAUUCUACUUGUUCCACCUUAUAUUAUAGAAUUUUACAUAAACCUAUUGAUGGUGGUGGUUUUUUUUUAAACAUCUUUGUUAUUAAGGUAGUAAAUUUAUACUCAACCAUAUAAUAACAAUUUUCAACUACUAAAGAGAUAUUUUUUGCUUGUUUUAAAGCCCUAAUAAUUUUUACUACAAUUUUUACAGGUUUAACACUUACAAUAAAUGAUAAACACAAUUUAACAGAAUACUUAUGAAAUAUGACCUUUCUUGAAAGUGAAGCUUUCAGGAAAUUUGCUGAGACUUAUUGUAUAUAACUACUGGUGGAACAUAAUAUUUAAAAGGCUGAGAGUUACUGUACAAUGGCAUAUAGUUGUAGAACUAUAUAUCUUAGUUUCAUUACUUUGUCAAUAAUUUUAUUAUAGACACAAAAAUAAAACAGAAUCUAUAUCAUCCCCUCUGUAAAACACUGAAUGUUACCCAUAUGCAUUUAUAUGAUAUACUUAAAAGUGAUUACUCUUAAGUAAUAAUAUAUAUAUUAAUUACA